AUGACCAAAGUAACCUACAUCACGUCCUUCGGCGGCGACUCCGACGAAGAAGACGCCGGCGCCGCUGGUGAAAAGGACUCCGGUCCGCGCGGCAUUUUCAUUCCGAUCACGGCUCGCCGCCACGAUGACACCGACGGCAAGAAAUCCGCCUCGCACGGGGCACCAAGCAUCUCUAAAGGAUUAACUUUAGGCGCCGCGGCGUACGAAGUGGCGGCGAAGAAGGAGCGGGAGUCGCGGAGGAGACGGAGUCGGAGGAGCUCAAGCGAAGAUAGCCGGGGAAGAAGAAAAAGAAGAAACAGCGUUAGAUCGGAUUCUUCGGGGUCGAGGAGAAGGAGGCGAAGGCGGCGCUCGAAUAGUCGGAGCAGGAGCAGAAGUAGGAGUAGGAAUAGACGAAGGAGCAGUAAGGAUAGGCGGGAUAAGAGAAGUAGGCGGUCGAGGAGUGAUUCUUCUAGAAGUUCAUCCCGUUCGAAGUCCUCUCGUAGGAAGAAGGGCGGCAUCAGAGCUGAAUCAAAACCGAAGCGGCCGUCUCCGCAGCCGCCGUCUACAUCUGCGAGAAGUCCGCGUGGGUCUGGGCCAUCGAAUGCGUCUUCCAAAGUCAGUAAGAAAUGGUUGGCGAGGUGGGAGGACCUGGAAAUGGUGGCCGUCGGGAAUGACGAUAGCAACCUUUCUUCCUGUAAUAAAGCUGAUAAGAAGGCGGAGAUUGAACGAAGAGAAAAGAAGCUGCAAGAGCAGAUGGAUAGGGAAGAUCAAAUGCGGGAAAUGGCGAUAAAAUACAGACGGAAAGAACGGGAGCGUCGCAUGCGUGAGCGAGAAGAAUUAGGUUUGCCGCCGUUGUCGAGUGACGAAGACGGGGAUAAUUGGGACGACGACGACGACCGCGGAUCCCCGCGAUCCGACAGAAAAUCAUCUAGGCAUCGGCGAUCCCAAGGCAGAAGAUCUAGAUCCUCAUCCGAAUCAACUUCCUCUCGAUCAACUCGUUCAGGUUCUUCAUUUGGCUCGCGACGGCAUAGGCGUGAUGGACGCAGAUCCAGGAGGAGUAGAAGUAUUGAUGGCGGUGGGCGGCGGCGGAGAAGUAGGGCGUCUAAAAGGUCGGUUACGGGAGUAUGCUCUGUUUUCUGGGACGAAAAAAGAAAAGAAAAGAAAGGACGUUCAGGUAUUUUAGCCGUUUAGUGACGAUCUUUUAAGCUCUGCUGUUCCACUUCUCAAACGGCGGAAGCCCUUUUUCUCCGUGAAGUGGAACAUUUUUGCUCUUCUCGUUUUGCUACCGCAGCACCAAUAGAAGAACAGAGGGAUGGGGUUUUAUUUUCGAUGUAGCUAGUCGAGGAUGCAAUUUUUCGAUUGGCACGAAGACUGCUAUUGAAAUUUCGUCGAUGAACAUGGCAAAUGUAGCAUGAAUCAAGUUAAAAAAAAUAUCUUCCCGCACUUCAACGCCCUCUCUCAGAAAAAUAGGAACUGUGUCGCCUGAAUAACCAACCGUACCGAGAGAAACCUCAAAGAACCUUGCAUUACCUGACCUGAAUUAAUGUGAACUGAUCGAACGUAAGAAGGACUCAGUAAAAUUCAGGCAACAUCUUCGUGAUACUGUCCCAAAGAAAAUCACGGAAUCGAGGACUUCGAGCAAUAAAAUUCACGAAGUUUUGCUGUCCUAAAGAUCAAAAAGUUUCAUGAAAAACUUACCCAAACGUGUUAUAAAAUUUCUUGCCUCUUUCUCACGAGGAUGGGAAGCAUGGAACUCGAAAAAAGAAGCGAAAUGCAUUUGACAUAUUUUAGGUACAUCAUCUUUCUGAUUGCAUGUAUGGUACGUUUAUGGGAACAGUUCGUAUACGCAGAUGAUGCUGUUCUACGUGUAUUUCACAACUUACUUGGCACUUUUCGAUGUUUCUGGAAGAAAUCCGUUAUUCAGAAGCAUUAUUGUUGAUGAAGUACGUCGUUCAGAUAUCAAAGUUUACUUUGACUUUUCUCUUCGCGAAAAAUACACUGUCAUGACCUGACAAGCUUGGUUAAAAAGAGUUUUGUCAUUACCUUUCCUCCCCCCGCCACCCAGAAGAAGUCGUUCAAAUAGCCGAUCCUCUCCUCCGCCUCGGAUGACGGAAGACAAGAUGAUGAAUUACGGCUACGGCUACGACCCCGAGGAACCGCCGCCGCCGCACAUGGACAUCCACUCGGCGCCUCCGCCACCGCUUCCUUCUGGCCACAAUCCGUGGGGCCAUCAUUGGUCAGGCGAUGGUGGCUACGAUUGGCGCCGUGUGCCGCCGCCGGGCGUGUCUUCGCGGUCUCGCGACGAGUGGCGGACACCGCGUGGCGGCUUCAAUGGGCCGCCGCCUAUGCCGCCGGGUGUCGACGACGACGGGGACGCUGGCGUUAGGCUGGUAGAUUACUGAUUUCCCUGCUCGAGUCGUGUGUGGCAACGUGUGCAGCGAAGGAGAUUUCGCUCGGAAAUUUUGCUCCAAAAUUCCCUCCCCAUGAUUGUCGCAUAUCAGUUUUGUACUUGAACUUGGCUCAUUUAAUCGAAGCUUCUUUUGAAAAUAAUUUUUUCCAGGUCAAAAAAGGCAGGAGAUUAUAAUUUACCGGUAGGACGUAAGAAACCUUUCCUUUGAAACUUCGCUCAGUCCCGAUUAAAGCUACAAGUGUUGAUCCAUUAAUUUACGAGGGUUGUUCCAUUUUCGCAUAGGAUCACAUCCCUGAAAAUUUUUCCAAAAAAUUAUACAGUGUCUGGAUUCUUCCGAACAGUAAAUGACCGAUAUAUCUUUUGUGUUUCAUUUCUCCGGCUUUGAUAGAUUAGCAGCAAUUAUUGCCAAUAAUGUUUUUCAUGGGCAUACAUUUUCUGCGUUGGAAACCAUGAGAGCUUAAAUUGUUAUUAAAAUAUAUGUUGAACUUCGGCUGCUUUUCUUUUUCUUGGAACUCUGCGUCAACUCCAAUUUUUAAAAAUGUAAACCGCUUUAUUUUUGUUUUAUUUUAUUUUAUGGAAAUUUCCCCGAAAAGUCGAGUGAGAGGAACGCAAUGAAAUUGCGUCUCAAAUGAAAACUGCUGGAAUUCAGAACGGCAACUUCCAGAUACUGUAUGUUCCUACGCCGGAAUAGUAUAACCCUUGGUUAUCUCUAUCGUGGCUCUCGUGGAAUGAAGUGACCGUCAUAAACAGUUUCCAUGAACAUGGAUUGUGAUACGCUGGAACGAUUUGCUUAAUUUUCCAAUCACGCUGGACUCACUUUUAAUAAUUCAGUUGCGGAUAGGUUCUUAUGCACUGGAUUCCUCGUGAGGAUGAACCAGUGUUGAUUCGUUUUUAUUAAUGGAUGCAUUUUCUCGGGUUUCUUCCUCUUCCGACGAAAAGAGGAAAAAUAUCCAGUAAAUUCCUUCAUUGCU